AAUACCUUGACUUAACAAUCAAACAACAAUUCAAAGAUAUAGAAGCAAUCAGAAUUUACCAACAUAAUAUAGACUUCGUAAAACAAGCAAGUGCUAUACAAGAAGCAAUUAAUUACAUUGAAUUAGUAAAACUGUUAUCAAGCACAACUCUUAGAACAUACAGAAAC